CAAAAUGUUGUCGGCAUAUAUUUUGACAUAAAUAAACUUAUGAAAAUCGUGGAUAAUUAUUCAAAUAUUUUAAUGAAAAAUGUCAACUAGAACUGCUAGCAGCCGCGCGGCCACAGUUGACGUGUAAAAUUCUUAAUUCUGUUAUUUAGUGGUGGGAGAGUGAAACCUACUAUUGCGCGCGAACAGAAACAUGAAUCAGUUUAUACUUUCUAAUCGCGGCGUUCGGUCGUAGCCAUAAUGUCGUAUGAUACAUUAUUUUCGCGAUUAUCUGUUCACGGUCAAGAGCAGCUUAUCAAGUUCUGGCCGGACUUAUCAGCGAAGGAGCAGGAACAACUAGCUCGCGAAAUUUCCUCUCUCGAUUUCGCCGAAGUGAAUGAGGUAUUUCGACGCGCUGUUGACGCUUCCAAAGUGAUAAAAGAAAAGUUGGAUCAUGAUUUGAAACCAAUUCCGGACAGCCACUACGAGUCCGUCAAUAAUUUGAGCAAUGAAAAGUACGAAGAGUAUGAAAGUCUUGGAUUUAAGGAAAUUGCCGAAGGUAGGGUCGGUGUUUUGUUACUUUCUGGUGGCCAGGCCACGAGAUUAGGCUUUGGGCAUCCUAAAGGCAUGUACGAUGUCGGUUUGCCAUCAAAAAAGACUUUGUUUCAAAUACAGGCAGAGAGGAUUGUAAAAAUACAGCAGAUGGCUGCGGAGAAAUAUGGUAAAGAAGGCAGAAUUACAUGGUAUAUCAUGACUUCAGAACAUACUAUGGCACCAACGGCUGAUUUCUUUAAAACUCAUUCAUAUUUUGGUUUGAAUGAAGAUGAUGUGGUGUUCUUUAACCAAGGCACAUUGCCGUGUUUUGAUUUUGAAGGUAAAGUUUUGUUGGAUGAGAAACAUCACAUAGCUAGUGCUCCUGAUGGCAAUGGUGGGCUGUACAAAGCGCUGAAGACUGAAGGAAUCCUCGAAGAUAUAAUGAAACGAGGAGUUAAACACCUGCAUGCACAUUCCGUAGAUAACAUAUUGAUCAAAGUGGCAGAUCCCGUGUUUAUUGGAUACUGUACAAGCAAGAAUGCCGAUUGUGCCGCAAAAGUAGUUCAAAAAUCAUGUCCGAGUGAGGCUGUUGGUGUGGUGUGCCGUGUCAAUGGUCAUUACAAGGUAGUGGAGUACUCUGAAUUGACGGACGCAGCAGCAGAAAGGCGGAACCCUGAUGGCCGCUUAACCUUCUCCGCGGGAAACAUUUGCAACCAUUAUUUUUCUGCAGAAUUCUUGUCAAAAAUCUGCAAUUUCGAGUCAAAACUCAAACUGCAUUUAGCCAAGAAGAAAAUACCGUUUGUUGACAGUGAUGGUAUCCGUCAAAAGCCUACCGAGCCGAACGGUAUUAAAAUUGAGAAGUUCAUAUUUGAUGUAUUCGAGUUUGCGGAGAACUUUAUUUGCUUAGAAGUGUCUAGGGAAGCUGAGUUUUCUCCGUUGAAGAAUUCCGAUGCAGCGAAACAGGACUGCCCGACGACAGCCCGGUUGGAUUUACUGAAGCUUCAUCGGACAUACAUCAGACAAGCCGGGGGUAACAUUACAGAUGAUGUUGAUGUUGAAAUUUCUCCGUUAUUGUCUUAUGCGGGAGAAAACCUAGAGGACUUGGUAAAAGAUGAAGUGUUUGUUAUAAGCCCAUUCCAUUUAAAAAGCAUGUCUGAGUCGGAGACGAAUGGAGUCAAUGGUAACCAUUAGAUUUCAAAAUUUAAAAAAUUAGGGUCACUUCACAUGAAUGCAAGGCUACAUUUUAAUAGAAUGACUUAAAAUAUAAAAUUAUAAUAUUUUUUCUUGUGUAUGAAGUGUGAUUGGCUAUCAGGAAACUGAAUCAAAAAAUCAAAAAAUGACAAGUUUCGCAUUGUCUCCUGUGUAUGUGAAUUGACCCUUUGUUUCAAGGCAAGGAACACAAUAUCUGUGUGAAAUGUAAAAUAUAUUAAGACUACCUUAAUUAUUUCUUCAUAGAAUACCAUAAGACCUAUUUUAUUUUUAUUUGUAUGUCAUUCUGAAAAUCUUGGUUGUAUAAAAAAAAAAAUUGGACACAGAUACUCUUUCAACCAACUAAAAAAAAGUUACAUUCUAAUUUGUGUAAAAAAAAUCCAUUUACAAAAAAAAUAUGAUCCUUGCCUUGGAAAAAAUGCAUGGGCGUAUCCUACUAUCUAGGAAUACAUUCCAUAUGGACCCGUGGUCUCAUAGAGAAGAAUAUGGUGAAGUUAUGAUGAAUGAAUGAACACAACAGAUUAAUCCUGGGGAAGGCAAUGCCCACCCUAUCCUCGUUACGCCCAUAAAACACAAAAAACGGAUGUAUUUUGUACAUAAAGGGUAGAAUGCAAUUUGAGAAGAUUAUUUCCUAGUUAAAAAUGAUGAGUUGUACUUAUUUAGUCAGUAUUAAAAUUUCGUUGGUAUUAUAUCAAAAUUUAAUAUACAAAAGACAAGGAUUUAAAUUUAAUAUUGUUAUAUCAAGUAAAUGAAAUUAAAAAAAAAUGGUAUGAACUAGUCUAAAGUUGAUUUUCUUGUGAUAAUUAAAACACCUUAUUUUAGGUAUUAUGUUUACCUACAUGUAGUUAAUAUAUAUUCUUAAAAAACAAAAGUAUAAACUGCCUUCUGUAAAUAUUUUUUCUUUAUAUUUAGCAUAUAUCACUACGUAAUUCAAUUAUUGUUAUAUUUUUUUUUACUGAAAACGGAAAAAUGAUUGGCAACACUGUUGGUAUAGGAUAUCGCAAAAAUUACAUUUAACAUAGUCACGUGUUUCGCUUUUUAUUAUGACGUGAAACGUGACAGCGUUAGUUUAUCGCUCGAAAAAAAACCGUCGCGCGUGCGUGGUACGGGGGUAUAACAAACAAAACAAAAGUUUGUAAGUACGUUAAAAUAGGAAUCUAUUAAAAAAAUAUAUAGGUACUUGAAUUUUUUUUUGUAAACUCACCUAUUUUGUAAUCACUUUUGCGUAAUAAAUUAAUCACAUCUAAUUAUCAUUAAUUAGGCAUUAUUAGUACUAGUUUUCGACUGUGGUUUUGUUCUACUUGUCUGUAAUAGCAGGUUUUGUAAAAGUAAUAUCAUUAUUAUCCUCCAGUUUUUUUAUUUAAUAAAGCAAAUGAAAUCUCUGUCUAUCCCAUCUCAGCGAUAAAGACUGGUGGGUAUAAUUAUUUUUGAGUCUGUCUGUAAUAAGUAAAACAAUCCAUCUGUGUUACACAAUAUAAAUUUUCGAUAUUUUCAAUGUCAGAAAACAUUUUUUUUUUUUAAUUAAUUUACUGCGUCAUACAGGAAUAAAGAUGUCAAUCAUCUUUUCUAUAAUGAAUAUUUUAAGUUUUAUUUCAGAACAUAUUUCAAAAAGAAAAUUUGUAACUUUGAGGAGGGCUUUAAUACAAACAAGUAUUGCAAACAGAUAAAUUGAUAACUAUCGAUGCUAAAAUUAUCGACGUUUCGACAACGCUAUAAUUAAUUCAUGAUUUUGGCAUGAAAUAUAUAUUUUUUAUUUUCAGCCAUAAAUAUUAUAUUGUUUUUAAAAACUCUUAAUAGAUAUUACGGUAAAAAAAUAUUGCAGUAUACUUUAUUUAUUCAUCACAUACUUAAAUUAGUCUUACUUUAUAAUAUAUUUACAUAAAUUUUACGUUACUUCUGUAAUAAAAUAAAAGAAUUUUGAUAAUA